CGGUCGCGGCGGAGGCGGUGCCCAGGGAGGGAGGGCGGCGGGGCCGAGCGCAGCGCAGCGCUCUGGCCAUCGGCAGCCGCCGCCAGGAUGCCCCGACCCUCGGGCUGCUCCUCCGCCAGCCACCCCAGCAGCCCCUGGCGGCGGGGUCUCAGUGCCAGGGCGCGGGAACCGCAGCCGGAGCCGGAGGCGGGAGCAGCGAGCUAGAGCCUCGGGCGCCCGAAUGCUGGCUGCUUGUGGCCACUGGCAUCACCAAGCCCCGACGUGUGAGGGCUGCUGCAUCGUGAAGAGGAGGAGGAUGCCUCAGCCACUCGCCAGCUCCCGUCUGCACCAUGAGUGAUGAGCGGCGGCUGCCUGGCAGUGCGGUCGGCUGGCUGGCGUGUGGAGGCCUGUCGCUGCUAGCCAACGCCUGGGGCAUCCUCAGUGUGGGUGCCAAGCAGAGGAAGUGGAAGCCUCUGGAGUUCCUGCUGUGCACACUGGCAGCCACCCACAUGCUCAACGUGGCGGUGCCCAUUGCCACCUACGCCGUCGUGCAGCUGCGGAGGCAGCGUCCCGACUACGAGUGGAACGAGGGCCUCUGUAAGGUGUUCGUGUCCACCUUCUACACCCUCACGCUAGCCACCUGCUUCUCCGUCACCUCCAUCGCCUACCACCGCAUGUGGAUGGUUCGCUGGCCAGUCAACUACCGGCUGAGCAAUGCCAAGAAGCAGGCGGUGCACACAGUCAUGGGCAUCUGGAUGGUGUCUUUUAUCCUUUCGGCCCUUCCUGCCGUUGGCUGGCACGACACCAGUGAGCGCUUCUACACCCAUGGCUGCCGCUUCAUCGUGGCUGAGAUCGGCCUUGGCUUCGGCGUCUGCUUCUUGCUACUGGUGGGUGGUAGCGUGGCCAUGGGCGUGGUCUGCACAGCCAUUGCCCUCUUCCAGACACUGACCACGCAGGUGGGGCACCGGGCGGACCACCGUGCCUUCACUGUGCCCACCAUCGUGGUGGAGGAUACACAGGGCAAGCGUCGCUCCUCCAUUGACGGCUCGGAGCCUGCCAAGACCUCGCUGCAGAUUACGGGCCUGGUGGUCACCAUCGUGGUCAUCUAUGACUGCCUCAUGGGCUUCCCUGUGCUGGUGGUGAGUUUCAGUAGCCUGCGGGCUGAUGCCUCAGCGCCCUGGAUGGUACUGUGUGUCCUGUGGUGCUCAGUGGCCCAGGCCUUGCUGCUCCCUGUUUUCCUCUGGACCUGUGACCGUUACCGGGCAGACCUCAAGGCAGUCUGGGAGAAGUGCAUGGCCCUGAUGUCCAAUGAUGAGGACUCUGACAAUGAGACCAGCUUAGAUGGCAGCAUCUCCCCCGACCUAGUAUUGGAGCGCUCCCUUGACUACAGCUACGGGGGUGACUUCGUGGCUUUGGACAGGAUGGCCAAGUAUGAGCUCUCUGCCUUGGAGGGAGGCUUACCCCAGCUGUACCCUCUGCGGCCCCUGCAGGAGGAUCGGAUGCAGUAUUUGCAGGGCGCGGGGAGGCAUCAGUGCGGGUUUCCAGGAGGGCUGCCCCGUUUCAGCCCGGCCGGGUGCUCGCAGGUCCCACCCACACGGCGGUUCUCCCACGAUGACGCCGACGUAUGGGCCGCUGUCCCGCUGCCCACUUUCCUGCCGCGCUGGAGCUCCGGCGAGGACCUAGCAGCCCUGGCACACCUAAUGCUGCCCGCGGGGCCCGACCGGCGGCGCGGGAGCUUGCUGGCUUUCGCUGAGGACGCACCCGCAUUCCGCCCGCGCCGUCGUUCGGCCGAGAGCCUGCUGUCUCUGCAGCCCUCGUCCGUGGAUGGCGGCCCGCGUCGCACCCACGACUCGCCUCCGGGCAGUCCGCGUCGCCGCCCCGGGCCCGGCGCCCGCUCCGCCUCGGUCUCGCUGCUGCCCGAUGCCUUAGCGCUGACCGCCUUCGAGCGCGAGCCCCAGGCCCUGCGUCGUCUACCCGCCCCAGCGCGGCCCUUCCCGGCCGCCUCCUACUGCACAGAGCCUUGUGAGGUCCCGACGCCUCCUGGCGGCCGUGCUCAACGCAGCCAUGGACGCAGGGCCACGCGCGCGCAUGCGGGGCCCCUGCAGACCGGCCUGAGCGCGUCGUGGGGCGAGCCCGGAGGCUUACACGUGGUGGGCGGCGGCAGCACCAGCAGCUUUCUGAGCUCGCCUUCCGAGUCCUCGGGCUAUGUCACGCUGCACUCGGACUCACUGGGCUCUGCGUCCUAGGGCCCUCACGGGCCUCUCCAGAGACGCCAUACAGAUGGGAGAGGCGCUGCACCAAAGAUGCCACCGCAUGUGUUAGGAGCGCGGACAAGUGCCACCCACCCUAGGGGUGAUUGGAUGGUUGUCUCUGCGCCCCUCUUGUGGUUCCUUCCUUCUGAUAUCGCCUGGAGGAAUGAUGGCCGCCCUUGAUAGCUGCAUAGGACAUAGACCUGCUGCUGAGCACAGCACCUCCCAGGAAUGGACAGACUGUGCCUUUGAAGUGAGUGGCAUCUGCACACUUGGUACACCUCCCCCAGCCCUCUGAGGCUAGACUGGGUAUAUAGGGGACCCUGAGAUCCGACCACCAUGAGAAAGGACAAAGUCUCUUCUCGGAGAAGCUUAAGCCAGAAGCUACAGGACAACAUUCAUCUUUACUGGCCCUGCAUCUGCCUCCCCUCAAGGGUAUGGCCCGUAGAGCCUCUGUGAGCACAGGGGUCUUCAGAACCCAAACAAGUUCUACUGAGCAGGUUUCCCCGUGACCUGCCUCAGUUUCCCUUCUCUGAUGAGUGGAUGACCAUGAUACAUCUCUCAGGGCUGUUUGAAGAAUAAUCCUGGUCUAUGUGCCCUCGUACUUGAAUGGACCAAAUGCGAGAGGUAGUCUAGGGCCUUUGUGAGGGUUAGCCUUCAGCAAGUGACUCCCCCCCCCCCCCGAUCUGAGGCCUCCCCGUCUCAAUGACCCUUGCCCUCUUUGAAACUCACCUUAGCUAAAGCACAACACCAUGGGUAUAACAGCCACCUUGGCCCCCAUUAGUGUCCCCGUGCUCAAGACUCCACCGUAUUGCCUGUCUCCCACUAUGCUGGUCACUCCCACUAUGCCGGUCACUCCCACUAUGCUGGCCACUCCCACUAUGCUGGCCACUCCCACUAUGCUGGCCACUUCUGUAUCCUGCCGCCAAGGCUGUGGGAACCUGGUGCAGAGAGCUGAAGCAAUGGAAGUGGGCUUCCCUGUCUUGGUGCCCAUCUCCAGCUUUGCCUCCCACCCACGCAGGCAAAGGCCCCACAAAGGGUGUCCUCUACCCCUCCUCAGCCACAAAGAAGGGCUUUGCUCUCCUGGGUAGACCUCCCUCAGGGCUGUGCCAGGGACAUAGGUCUUCCCAGGAAAUACCCAGGCUGUGAGCUGGGAAUGGGGUAGCGUGCCGUGUCAGGUCUGGAGAUGGUCUUAAGGCCAGCACAGAGCAGCCUGUGCCCCCUUUUUCACUGCCCAAUGGCCAGGCCCAUCUCCUUUCCCUCUCCAGGCGGAGUUCCAACUCCAGCUGGGGAUGGGGGUGGGUGACUGCCCUAUCCUAGGCCUCAGAGGUCCCUGUAGUCCCUGGGUAUGGGGUCAGCGAAAGAUAAGCCACCCCAAAUGAGCAGAGCAGGGGACUGCAGUCUGUCCAUCUCUGGACGUGGGAGAAGCUUCCUCUGGCCCAUUUGCUGCUGUGCCUUUAGGGACUCAUGUCAUGUGGGUGGGGGCAGAGGCCACCAGCUAGCCGCUGUCUGCCUCACCGGCCUCAAAUCGUCAAUUUAUCACCUUCAGUUUUCACUCUGUUUUGUAUUCAAUGGCAAUACUUGUAACGGGGACGUGGUCCCCCAAGUCUCUUCUACUUUUUACAAAACUUUAAGGGCAAACCCCAAGCAGAAUACCCUAGGCUCUAGGGCUCUUUCCCGGUCCUUGUUCAGCCUCCCUGUUUGCUGACGCCUGUAAGGACCUCGGCCACGGGUUACCAGUAAGAACGCUAACUGUAUACCACUGUCCAGCCCUGAGUCAGGGAUUCGUUUGUAGAUUUUUGAAAAACAGCUUUUCUCUUCUGUACAGGACCCAAUAAA